ACAAAGUCUACGCUGGUGGGCGCUUUCCCUCGCCUGCCCGGCUUGCCUUGGGCCCGGGUCCUCCUGCCGGCGAGUGACGCUCUAGGCUGCGUCCGCCCGCUCGCUGCUCCCAGCGUCCCCGGCCGGAGCUGGACUUGGGGAGAAGGGGCGGCGGCGGCGGCGGCCACUCUGCUCCCCCCGCUGCUGACGGCUCCCUCCGCGCCUGGACAACGCCGCAGAAUGUUUGGCACUUCAUGCCUGUGCAAAGGAAAUAUAAUUUACAGCCAAGCCGGAGGCACCAGGAAAAACAGCCAACAAAAACAUGGAAGACAGGUGAAGGAUGGCACAGUUCCUCUGAAGCUGUAGGCAACGUCUUGACAUCCUGGUUACCAUGACACCCAGCAGAGGACUGUGGGGGGAAAGUGGGAAUUGCUCCCCUCCCCUUAAAUGCUACUAAUGGCCAUGGCUAGGAUUUGCCCAGUGUGCUGACAUCAUGGGGAGUUGCUGUAGCUGCCCAUGCAGAGACAGUGUUCCAGAUCACCACCCCACCAAGUUUAAGGUGACAAAUGUUGACGAUGAGGGCAACGAGCUGGGCUCGGGGAUUAUGGAGUUGACACAGAGGGAGCUUGUUUUGCACACACACAAACGUGAUGCUGUUCGGUGGCCAUACCUCUGCUUGCGACGCUAUGGCUAUGACUCCAACCUCUUCUCCUUUGAGAGUGGGCGCCGCUGCCUGACUGGACAGGGAAUUUUUGCAUUCAAGUGCUCAAGAGCAGAGGAGAUUUUCAACUUGCUGCAGGAACUGAUGCAAUGUAACAGCAUCAAUGUGGUGGAAGAGCCUGUUGUCAUCACAAGGAACAGUCAUGCUGCUGAACUGGAACUGCCCCGGACACCCCAGACACCCAAUACUCUCGGAUAUACAGUUCCAGGGUUUCCCAAUGGAUUCCACAGCUUCCCUGUGGAGGCCCCAUCUUGCCCUGCCGCCAGACACGCCUCCAUGAGCAGCCUAAGGCAUUCCUCAGUUGGCGAGGACUCCACGCAUGCCCUCAUUGUCCCUGAUGAGCAAUCCCACACCUAUGUGAACACAACCAGCGGUGAGGAGGAGAUGAGGGGCCGCCACUGCAUGCACUCCUUGCCUGAAGUCCACCCUCCUGUUUCCCAUCCCAGCCAUAGCUGCUCGCUAGAGGACCGGAACCCCCAGGUUUACUUACAGCCAGGGGAGGUGAAGUUCAUGUUGGGUCCUGCCCCCGGGUACAGGCACAUGAUGAAAUGCGACGGCUUCUGCCGGCCCCACUGGGAGUGCGCAGGGCAUAUGUGCACCCCCAACAACAACAACAACGAGUGCAAAGACGAAUGCCUCACCCCCAAGUACGUGUACGAGAACAUCAACGGCCUCCUGCCGUCCCGAGGUGCCUUGCUUCGCCGGGGCACCAGGCGCUUGAAAAUUGCCCGUGAGGAUCUGAACCCCCCCGGCUGCUCUCACCGCCGGGCCACCCUGCUGCACUACGAGAACUUGCCUUCGCUGCCGCCCGUGUGGGAGUGCCAGCCGCUAAGGCAGGACCAGGAGGAGGAGGAGGAGGACUCUGGCGACGCAAUGACGCCUUCCCCUAACGGUUACCCGGAACUCGAGGAAGACGACCCUUUGCAAAACUACAUGAACUCGGAAAGCGCUGUGCUGCAGGGAGGCCUGCGCAGGGGGGGCUGCUUGCAGCGGCGCCGCAGCUGCACGCCCAACGUCUUCAAUUUUGACUUCCGCCGGCCCUGCUCAGAGCAGACGAGGCAGCUCAACUACAUCCAGGUGGAACUGGAGGACGACCCCCACAAAGGGUGCCGGAGCACCCCGGUCCCCUGUGCCUCACGUUCUGCCGCCCACCCAGCCCGCAGGACGGAUUCCUAUGCGGUCAUUGACCUCAAAAAGACAGCAGCCAUGUCCAGCCUGCAGAGGGCGCUGCCUCGGGACGACGGGACUUCCAGGAAAACGCGGCAUAACAGCACUGACCUGCCUCUCUAGGAGGAACGGCCGACCUGAGCACCGCAUUGUGGCUUCACACCGGCUCUUCAACUAAUCAUAGCAUCAUUGCCAUCUUCCCAUUGCUCCUCCUGUUUCCCAGUGCGACUCACUGGGAUGGCUCCAUCAAGCUAACUUGAGAAAUGUAGCCUAUUUGUGCCUCUUCCCAGCCCCCCCCCCAUUUCUCCUGCCGUGUAGUUCUUUAAGUCUUGCCAAGUGUUUGAAAACUUGACUUGUUUGAUAGCAGGGAGGGGGAGCAUUAGUGAUCAGUGCUACUUGUUCUCCCCUCCCCUGCCCCUUUAUAUAGGAAUCAUGUUUGGAAAGCCUUCCCGUUUUCAUUGGAUCCUCUUGAGGAUCCUGCUGACAGAAUGUGGGGUUUUUAUGUAAAGCAUAGGAAUAUUUGUGGAGGAAAAAACACCUCCAAAAACAGUACAGGUAGGGCAUGAGGGCUAGAAAGUUUAUACCUUUUUAUUUUUGAAGGAAUGCAGAAAUAUAUUUAUUUUUUAAAUCCAUGUUAAUUUUAUUUAUUCAUUUAUUUAUUUUUCUGGGAGGUGCAGUCUCCCUUUAUUUAUUUAUUUAAUUUAUGUAUGUCAAGAGUUGAAGUGCCAAGUAAAUAUAGAGUAUAAUGA